AUGUCUGACGAUGAAGUGACAGAGAAAAUGGCUAAUGCCAAAAUUGGAAAAUUAUCGAGAAAAGAUCUCAAAAAGUUGGCGAAAAAAGCAGAAUAUGAUAGAGAAAUUCUUUCCAUGGGAGGAAAAAUUCAAGAUGCCGUUGAAGCUGAUGCUGAUGCGGAACAUAUUGAAGGUGGAGGGAUCGGUUCAGGUGCAAAUUUGGGUGAGCAAUUUACUGUUUCCCAAACUGCUAAAAGUCAUCAGCAAAUGGUGAAUAUUGAAAACAGUAUGGAUAUAAAGGUGGAAAAUUUUGAUAUCGCUGCCCAAGGAAAACUGCUUUUUAACAAAGCUAACUUAACAAUUAGUUAUGGCCGUCGCUAUGGCUUAGUGGGACCUAACGGAAUGGGUAAAACAACUUUGUUGAAACAUAUCGGAGCUAGAAAGUUAGCCAUUCCUUCGCAUAUAGAUCUUUUAUAUUGCGAGCAAGAGAUUGCUGUUGAUAGCACUUCGGCUAUUGAUACUGUUGUAAAGUCUGAUAAAGUUCGCUUGGCUUUAUUGGAUGAAGAGGCUGCUCUGACCGCUAAAUUGGAGGAGGGUGAUACAAGCAUAACGGGAAGAUUACAAGAAGUUUCUCAAGAGCUUAGAGACAUUGGAGCCGACGCCGCAGAACCAAAAGCGAGAAGAAUAUUAGCUGGUUUGGGAUUCAACAAAGUGAUGCAAGAGAAAGCAGUUCAAGAUUUCUCCGGAGGAUGGCGGAUGAGAAUAUCAUUAGCUCGUGCUCUGUUCCUGGAACCUACUUUACUCAUGCUGGAUGAACCGACCAACCACUUAGAUCUCAAUGCUGUUAUUUGGCUUGAUAAUUAUCUUCAAACUUGGAAAAAAACUUUGCUCAUUGUUUCCCACGAUCAAGGAUUCUUGGAUAGUGUGUGCUCAGACAUUAUCCAUUUAGACGAUCAACAACUGCAUUACUACAAGGGAAACUAUACUCUUUUCAAGAAAAUGUAUGUUCAAAAGCUGAAGGAGCAGGUGAAAGCUUAUGAAAUGCAGCAGAAAGCCCUUGUUGCUGCUAAGAAAUCGGGAAAGUCUGCCAAGCAGGCUGAAGAAGAAAUCAAGCAAAAAAUGCUGAAUAAACAAAACAAGCAAACCAAAAGCAAAAAAGGUUCUGCAUCAAUGGGUGAUGAAGGUGAUGCUCCUCCUCCACAACUUAUUCAGAAAGCGAAAGAAUAUUUGGUCAAGUUUGCAUUUCCCGAUCCUUCUCCUCUUCCUCCUCCUGUAUUAGGCCUUCAUGAUGUUUCUUUCCAAUAUGGUGAUAAUGUAUUGUUCAAAAACGUUGAGUUUGGCGUUGACAUGGAGUCACGUAUAGCUGUUGUAGGGCCAAAUGGUGUUGGCAAAUCUACUUUAUUGAAGCUUUUAGUCGGUAAAAUAGAACCAACAUCGGGAGAGUUCAGAAAGCAUAGACAGUUGAGAAUCGGAUGGUUCGAUCAGCAUGCCAAUGAAGCUCUCAAUAUGGAGAUGACUCCCGUUGAGUAUUUGACAGUGAAGUUCCAAAUAAACUAUCAAGAUGCUCGUAAGCAUUUGGGAACCACAGGAUUGGCCGGUCACGCACACACAGUAAAAAUAAAAGAUCUCUCUGGUGGGCAAAAGUCUAGAGUCGCUCUAGCUCAGUUAGUUUUAAGCGCUCCAGAUCUUCUAGUCUUAGACGAACCCACUAACAAUUUGGAUAUUGAGUCUAUCGAUGCUUUGGCAUCUGCUAUCGAAGAAUUCGGAGGAGGAGUUAUAAUGGUCACUCACGACGAACGUUUGAUUCGGAAAACUAGCUGUAGUCUGUGGGUGGUAGAGGAUCAUAACAUUGCCGAAAUUGAUGGCGGUUUUGAUGAUUAUAAGAGAGAAGUUUUGGAUGCUUUGGGUGAAACAUUGGCAUCGCCAGCGCACUGA